GCCUGAGGCCGCCCGGGGCGCGCGGGAGCCGGCGCGGGCUGCGCGCGGGCGCCCGGGGCCUCCGGAGGCGCGAUGUCGGUGCCGCUGCUGAAGAUCGGGGUCGUGCUGAGCACCAUGGCCAUGAUCACCAACUGGAUGUCCCAGACGCUGCCCUCGCUGGUGGGGCUCAACACCACCAGGCUCUCGGCGGCCAGCGGCGGGACGCUGGACCGCAGCACCGGCGUGCUGCCCACCAACCCCGAGGAGAGCUGGCAGGUGUACAGCUCUGCCCAGGACAGCGAGGGCAGGUGUAUCUGCACCGUGGUGGCCCCCCAGCAGACCAUGUGUUCGCGGGAUGCCCGCACGAAGCAGCUGAGGCAGCUACUAGAGAAGGUGCAGAACAUGUCCCAGUCCAUUGAGGUCCUGGACAGGAGGACUCAGAGGGACCUGCAGUACGUGGAGAAGAUGGAGAACCAGAUGAAGGGGCUGGAGACCAAGUUCAAACAGGUGGAGGAGAGCCAUAAGCAGCACCUGGCCAGGCAGUUCAAGGCGAUUAAAGCGAAAAUGGAUGAACUUAGGCCUUUGAUACCUGUGUUGGAGGAGUACAAGGCCGAUGCCAAAUUGGUAUUGCAGUUUAAAGAGGAGGUCCAGAAUCUGACGUCAGUCCUUAACGAGCUGCAAGAGGAAAUUGGCGCCUAUGACUACGAUGAACUCCAGAGCAGAGUGUCCAAUCUUGAAGAAAGGCUCCGUGCAUGCAUGCAAAAACUAGCCUGCGGCAAGUUGACCGGCAUUAGUGACCCGGUAACGGUCAAGACCUCUGGCUCAAGGUUCGGGUCCUGGAUGACCGACCCGCUGGCCCCAGAAGGUGAUAACAGGGUCUGGUACAUGGACGGUUACCACAACAACCGCUUCGUGCGCGAGUACCGGUCCAUGGUGGACUUCAUGAACACGGACAAUUUCACCUCCCACCGCCUGCCGCACCUGUCGGGCACGGGGCAGGUGGUCUACAACGGCUCCAUCUACUUCAACAUUCAGAGCCACUUCAUCAUCAGGUUCGACCUGAAGACCGAGACGAUCCUCAAGACGCGCAGCCUGGACUACGCGGGCUACAACAACAUGUACCACUACGCCUGGGGCGGCCACUCGGACAUCGACCUCAUGGUGGACGAGAACGGGCUGUGGGCCGUCUACGCCACCAACCAGAACGCCGGCAACAUCGUCAUCAGCAAGCUGGACCCCGUCUCGCUGCAGAUCCUGCAGACCUGGAACACCAGCUACCCCAAGCGCAGCGCCGGCGAGGCCUUCAUCAUCUGCGGGACCCUCUACGUCACCAACGGCUACUCGGGGGGCACCAAGGUCCACUACGCCUACCAGACCAACGCCUCCACCUACGAGUACAUCGACAUCCCCUUCCAGAACAAAUACUCCCACAUCUCCAUGCUGGACUACAACCCCAAAGACCGCGCGCUGUACGCGUGGAACAACGGACAUCAGACCCUCUACAACGUCACCCUCUUCCACGUCAUCCGCUCGGACGAGUUGUAGCUCCUCCCCGCCUCCCCCCACCACCACCACCACCACCACCGGACGAGGGUCCCCCGGUCCUCGCGGGCUGA